AUGGCACCGCAGCAAGUCCCCAGAGAUAGGCCCAUCGAGGUUGGCGCCCUCCUCUUUGACUACCAAGCAUCGACGUCCCAUGCCCAACCUCGCCCUGCUCACUCGUUCUCCUAUGCCCGACUGCCUAUCCUCGCCUAUAGCCUCAACAUCUGCCUUUGGCUAACGCUGGUUCUGCGUCUCGUGAAACAGCAAGGCUUCACUCCAAUCGCAGACUCCACCAUCGCGGCCGCUCCAACCUUCAACUUCCACCACAUCGCCGCCGCUUCCAGCUUCAACAACCUUGCACCGGUUCCGAUGCUCACCUCCCAAUUCAUCUUCUACCCCACUUGCACAACCGCUACCCUGCCCGUCGAGCUAGACUACCUCGUCGUCGGCGGCCCCAACCCCGCCGCCUUCACACCCGACCCAGCCCACGUCGACUUUAUCCGCAAGCACGUCGCCGCCGGCAAGACACUCUUCACCACCUGCACAGGCAUCUAUGUCGUCGCAUGCACCGGCGUGCUGGACGGCAGGGAGGCGACGAUCAACAACCAGGAAUUUUACUGGGUGAAGGAGCGCUUCCCCAAUGUGAAGUGGAGGAAGGACAAGAAGUGGGUUGUCGAUGAGGGGAAAGACGGGCAGGGUACUAUCUGGACUGGCUCCGGGGCGGUCGCUGGGAUCGAUAUGAUUGCGAGCUGGAUCAAGCAGGAGUUUGGGGUCGAGGUGCUGAUGCAGGGCGCUGCAGGAUUGGACUAUGAGCCUCGGGACAUUGAUGGAUUUGCGAAUGAGGUUUUCCCGAAGAGGUUGCAGGAGGGGACUGGAAGAGUGAUGGGUGCGCAUGUUUAUCCUUGA